AUGGUCAAGCUCACGUUCACCCCUGUCUUUCGCGAGGAGAUUGGUGUCCUCCUGGCGAAGGAUGCAAAUGAGCCAGUGCCUCUAGCCAAGUUGAAGACAGCCUGUGGCACGGAAGAAUGGAGACAUGAAGAUAUUCAUCCUUCAGGUGUACUGCUGCAAACCAACACUGAGGAUGGACGCACCAGAGGAUCAGAGCGGUAUGAAGUGUUGGGAUCUGCAGGUCCUGUGUUUGCUGUUGCUGGUGAAGAUGUGCUUCUGCCCUGUUCAGUCAAACCCAACAUCAGUGUUGUGGACAUGAGAGUCGAGUGGUUUAGACUUGAUCAGAAAUAUUCAGUUCAUCUCUAUGAGGAUCAUGAAGACAGAAACACAGAGCAGAUUCAGUCCUACAGAGGGAGAACUGAACUCAAUCAUCAACAACUACAGACAGGAAACGCAUCACUCAGACUAUCAGCAGUGAAAGUGUCUGAUGAAGGACGCUAUAAGUGUUUUAUGCAGUCAAAAACCUGGUCUGAUGAUACCACUGUUAAUGUCAAAGUUGAAGCUGUAGGAAGUCCUCCAAUGAUCACAGUAGAUGGAUUUGAUCGUUCAGGAGGGCUUCAUCUACUGUGUGAAUCUGAAGGUUGGCAUCCUGAACCUGAUCUUGAGUGGCUGGACAGUGAAGGAGUCAGAUUGAGUCCAGAAUCUACAGAGAUGCACAGAAACACAGACGGAUUCAGUGUGAAACACACCGUCACUGUUCAUCAGAGAGACGGCAAGAUUCACUGCAGAGUCAAAGUGAGACACCACAUGCUGGAGACACUGAUCAGCUCUACAAGUAAUAUGUUUGCUUCGUGGAGGACAUCAGUGAUUGUGAUAUCAGUUUUUUCUGUGCUCAGUGUGAUUGCUGGAAUACUGAUAACUGUGACUGUUCAGAAAAAUAGCGAACACAAACAACUACAGGAUGAGAAGAGCAGAAUACAACUUGGAAACCGGGGAACCCGGGGAAAACCCACGCGAACACGGGGAGAACAUGCAGAGCGUCACUGCUGCGACAGUGAAGCGGGGGGGAAAAGAAGCUCUGCAGCUUCUCUGCUGUUGCAGAGGUGUGGUGGAAGUCAAUUUCGGGAGGCGGUGAAUGUGACUCUGGAUGCUGAUUCUGCUCAUCCUCAUCUCAUUGUGUCUGAAGAUGGAAAACAGAUAAAAUGUGGAAACAUACAAAUUAGAAAAGUGGAUAGGGAAAUCGACAUAUUUACUGAAUAUCUUGGUGUUCUGGGAAAGGAGGGAUUCUCCUCAGGGUGUUUUUACUUUGAGGUGGAGGUAAAGGGACAAAUUAAGUGGGAUUUAGGAGUGACCAGACAAUCUGCUGACAGGAAGGAGUUGUGCAGUCUUAAUCCCAAGAAUGGAUACUGGACUGUGGGACUAAUAGAUGGAAAGUAUUGGGCUCAUGAGUCUUCAUAUGUCUUUAUUCCCCUGAGUGUGAAACCUCAGAGGGUCGGUGUGUUUGUGGAUUAUGAGAAGGGUUUUGUCUCUUUUUAUGAUGUUGAGUCCAUGUUUCAUAUCUACUCCUACACUGGUCAGCCUUUUAAUGGGAAACUCUGUCCAUUUGUUUGCUUGGGGUAUUAUAGGAAUGAAAACUCUACACCACUGAAGAUCUGUGAUGAUUACUAA